UUUUAUGAUCGGUUUCAUUUCUGCCUUUCUCGUUCUCGGGUCGUCUAUAUAAGGCGUUUUGGCCAGUUUACGCCUACGCCGCUUUGGUAUUGGCCCGUUUUGACUAUCAACCGGAACAGGCUUCGCUUGCAACGUGGAGAAGAGCCUGUUGUCCUAGCUGUUGAUAAGGUUAUCUGUGUAACUUUGUACAGCGUAGCUUGGUGUUGAAGGUGGACUUGAACAUUACUCUAUUUAUUUCCUACCGUCGUGUAUUUAUUCUGAUCUAGCCUGUUGUCACCAUGAAAGAAAGUGUUUUGCUUCUCUUGCUACUGAGUCUAUGCAUGGACACAUGUUGUAACCAGAGUCAUGGUACGACCCAACUUAAUACAUUGUUUCUACAAAGUGUGUUUCGUGACAUGGACAAGAAUGGAACACUUUCAUACGACCAGCUGGACAGCUUUGUAACAGAAGAGAGCCAAGCUUACAGUCACCCUGAUCCACGCACCACGCCCACUCUUGAGAAAGAGUCUUCAGAAAAGAACAAUUCGUGUGUAGCGAUUGAUAACGCGACCACUCUGAUGAAGUGUAUGGCCCAUAAGUGUCUGACACUGAGCAAUGUGCUUGAGUUAUAUGGCUUUCAAUCAACACCAACGUUCAACAUGACCUCCAUCCAAGCUAUUUCCCCCGGCUUGCUGUACAUGAUCACACAGAGCUGUAGCAGCAUUCCUGGCAGUCCUGACAUGGAACACACCGGUACCAAUACACCACUAGCAGUGUGGGGCUACGGCAUUUUGUUCGUGACCCUCAUCAAUCUGUGCUCUCUGGUGGGAGUGAUUGUGCUGCCAUUCAUGAAAAUGGCGAUAUACAAGCAGAUCCUCAUCUUCAUGGUCGCCUUGGCUGUUGGAGCCCUAGCAGGGAGUGGGCUGCUGUUCCUCAUCCCAGAGGCAUUCGGGCUGGUCCAUGAAAGUCAUGGCAACAUGGAUUACAUCUUCAAGGCUUGCACGAUAAUGGGAGGAAUAUACCUGUUCUACUUGACUGAGAGAAUCAUGCGCAUACUGACAGACUGGAAGGAGAGGAGGAACCUGAAGAGAAAGAACCCCAGUGUUGAAAGUGGACAAGACGAUGCUCCAAGUGGGCUGAUGGAUAUCAUCUGCUCAGUGAAGAAGAACACCCCUGUCAAUCAGGACCAGCUGUACAAGGAUGCCUCCACCCUGCCUCGCAACGUGUCCAGCAGCACACAGCAGGAACUACUGGACAAGAGCAGUGACGACUCCACGUACGGACAUGACAACAACAUGGUGGAUGUCCAGGGAGACGAGAAAUAUGAAGACUCUAUGCCAAUGAAGUCACACGGUGACGGUCAGCACACCAUCAAACCCUUGGCCUGGAUGAUUAUAUUUGGUGAUGGACUUCACAACUUUAUCGACGGCCUCUCUAUCGGCACCGCGUUCACCCAGAGUACCCUCUCCGGCAUCAGCGUGUCACUGGCGGUCAUGUGUGAGGAGCUUCCCCACGAACUAGGUGACUUUGCGAUCCUGCUCAACUGUGGCAUGACGGUGAAGAAGGCCCUGAUGUACAACUUCCUGUCUGCCUGCAUGUGUUACAUGGGGCUGGUGAUUGGCAUCUUGUUGGGGGAGAACGCCUCCAGCCAUGACUGGGUGUUUGCCGUGGCCGGGGGGAUGUUCCUCUACAUAUCACUGGCAGACAUGAUGCCGGAGAUGAACAGUGCGUCGGAAGGGGAAGGCAGUCGCAGAUACGGCACAAGCAAGAUAUUCAUCCUCCAGAACGUGGGCCUGAUGACAGGAUUCGGCAUCAUGGUUAUACUUGCUAUAUAUGGAAGUAAAAUUAGCCUUGUAUGAUUAGAUAUAGCCAAAAUGACAACAAUACCAA